GAGAGAGAAGCAACCCUAUAAUGCUCAGUCUUACGGUAUCUGUCUUCUUCCCCUAACCUAACCUAUCAAAAUCAAAUCAAUUCCCUUCGUGAUGAAAGACUUUUCUUCUUCUCUUCUAUUCUACUCUCUUUCUCUCGUGAAGCUGAGAGGAAUGUCUUGAAUUCUCUUGACUCAGUGAACCUCAAACGACACCCCGGUGGUUCUGGUCGUCGUAGUCUUCUUCUCCUUCGUUUCACCGAGGCAUGUUAUUCGCUCACCGGUUCCGCUCUCGUUUGUUGUUGGAUUUCGGGCCUUAGCAUCAUCCUCGUCGUCGUCAUCAUCGUAUUGACAUCCAAUAAAGACGUUGACUUAUUCUUCGAGGUGUACAGAAAUGGAAGAAACAGUUGUGGAUGACAUAAUCAGUCGCUUACUCGAAGUUCGUGGCCGUCCAGGGAAGCAGGUGCAGCUGUCGGAAUCGGAGAUCCGCCAGCUCUGUGCGGCUUCCAGAGAUAUUUUCUUGCAGCAACCUAAUUUAUUGGAGCUUGAAGCACCCAUUAAGAUUUGUGGUGAUGUGCAUGGUCAAUAUUCUGAUCUUUUAAGGCUUUUUGAGUAUGGUGGAUUACCUCCUGAGGCCAACUACUUGUUUUUGGGGGAUUAUGUGGAUCGAGGGAAGCAGAGUUUAGAAACAAUAUGCCUUCUCCUAGCUUAUAAGAUAAAAUAUCCUGAGAACUUUUUCCUUUUAAGGGGAAACCAUGAAUGUGCUUCUAUAAACCGUAUAUAUGGAUUUUAUGAUGAGUGUAAAAGGAGGUUUAAUGUAAGGUUAUGGAAGACAUUUACAGAGAGCUUCAAUUGCCUGCCUGUGGCAGCUCUCAUUGAUGAAAAGAUUUUGUGUAUGCACGGGGGACUUUCUCCUGACUUACUUAAUUUGGAUCAGAUUAGAAAUUUACAGCGGCCCACUGAUGUACCUGAUACAGGUUUGCUUUGUGAUAUCCUUUGGUCAGACCCAAUCAAAGAUGUUCAAGGUUGGAGAAUGAAUGACAGGGGAGUUUCAUAUACAUUUGGUGCUGAUAAGGUCUCAGAGUUUCUUCAGAAACAUGAUUUGGAUCUUAUUUGUCGUGCUCAUCAGGUGGUGGAGGAUGGAUAUGAGUUCUUUGCUAACCGACAGCUUGUAACAAUAUUUUCUGCACCUAAUUAUUGUGGGGAGUUUGACAAUGCCGGGGCUAUGAUGAGUGUUGAUGAGACACUAAUGUGCUCUUUCCAAAUACUAAAGCCAGCUGAUAAAAAAGCAAAGCUCAAUUUCGGAAGUACAACCACUGCUAAGCCAGGAAACUCUCCAGCAGGGGUAAAGUCCUUCCUGGGUACAAAAGUAUGAAGUUAAUUUUGGCGAAAAAGGUUGCAGCCACAACUGGUCAGCUUGGUCUUGAAGAUGUAAUUGUUGCAAGAAAAGGAAAAUUGAGUUCCAUUUGGUCUCACUGAUAUUUUGGAAGUGUAAAAACAAUGGGAAACACCAUUAUUAACUAUGUAAAUCAUUGUUUUUCACUGGUACGACUUUGCAUUUCGAAAUGGACAGCCAUAAUCUCUUGUUUUCUUUGUACACUAAUAGAUGGCAACUUGGUAUAUGUUCUGAAUUGUAAGCAUCACAAGCAUUGAUGGAUACAUCUGCAUCUGUUGCUGAAAACUAUUUAGGAUUGGCAAAUGGAUGGCAGUUGAGGCUGGUAAAAAGGGAUAUGGUUCAGUCUCCUUGUUAAUUUUUUGGUCGUCAUUUUUGCUUUGUGGAAAUUCUCUGUUAAUACGGGACCUAACUUUUUGCUUAAAUAUCUCUCUGAAACUUGAUUCGAGACA